AUGGUCGAAGAUGAUUACAAAGGUGAAAGUUUAGGAGAAAUAGACGAGUUUUACUCCAGGAUACGUUGGAAUAAUCAAUUUUCUUAUAUGGCUACUUUACCAUCCCAUUUACAAAGAGAAAUAGAAGACAGGAAAUCUCUAUUAGCACGAUAUGAUACAUAUACGAGUAAAUUGACUGCUUCUGGUAGUGGAAGCGAGAAAGUUCCUUCGCAGGAUGGACUUAAAAGUUUACCAAAAACAUCUCAAGAAUUAAUCACUAAGAAGGACCAAAAUGCGCAGGCAUCAACUUUUGUGGAUGAAAUUUUCCAACCAAAAGUUUCUGAAGAAUUCAUAGUUAAAAGAUAUGAAAAGCUAUUAUCACAAAAGCCCGAAUGGCACGCACCAUGGAAACUUUCACGCGUUAUCAAUGGUCAUCUUGGAUGGGUGCGAUGUGCCGCAAUCGAUCCCGUUAACAACGAGUGGUUUAUCACCGGGAGUAAUGAUACAACAAUGAAAGUGUGGGAUCUUGCAACAGGCAAAUUGAGAACCACUUUAGCAGGGCAUGUAAUGACAGUAAGAGAUAUUGCUAUCUCAGAUCGACACCCAUAUUUGUUUUCUGUCAGUGAAGACAAGACAGUCAAAUGCUGGGACCUAGAAAAAAACCAGAUUAUUAGAGACUACUAUGGACACUUAUCCGGGGUUCGUACCGUGAGUAUACAUCCAACGUUGGACCUCAUAGCUACUGCAGGCCGAGAUAGUGUUAUUAAACUCUGGGACAUAAGAACCAGGGUACCUGUCAUUACACUAGUUGGUCAUAAAGGUCCAAUCAAUCAAGUACAAUGUACUCCAGUGGACCCUCAAAUAGUGAGUUCAUCGACUGAUGCCACAGUAAGGCUGUGGGACGUAGUUGCCGGGAAAGCGAUGAAAGUUUUAACACAUCAUAAGAGGUCUGUGAGAGCUACUGCGUUACAUCCGAAGGAGUUCUCGGUGGCAUCUGCAUGUACUGAUGAUAUUAGAUCAUGGGGACUAGUAGAAGGGUCUUUGCUAACCAAUUUUGAGUCUGAAAAGACUGGAAUAAUCAAUACUUUAAGCAUUAAUCAAGAUGAUGUAUUAUUUGCUGGCGGCGAUAAUGGGAUACUUUCCUUUUAUGACUAUAAAUCCGGGCAUAAAUAUCAAUCAUUGGCCACGAAAGAAAUGGUAGGCUCUCUAGAAGGUGAACGCAGUGUUCUGUGUAGCACUUUCGACAAAACAGGCCUAAGAUUGAUCACCGGAGAAGCAGACAAGAGCAUAAAAAUUUGGAAACAAGAUGAGACGGCAACGAAAAUGUCAGAACCUGGGCUAGAAUGGAAUCCCAAUCUAAGCACCAAACGAUUUUAG